GUCAUCGAAUGUAUAUUACAUACUGCUUCAUCGAGGGUAAGACCACCACCAUUUCCCGUUUGGUUUCUUCUUCAGUAUUUAAUCUACCAAUUGUAAACUAAUUUAUGGCCGAAGCUAAUAAUAACGACCAGCAUCCAGAACCAAUACAUAAAAAAGCAACCUUAAAGAAUGAAACUCCUGAAUUUGUAUCGACAGCGAUCAAUAGUGUUUUGUUGUUCCUGGAGAAAUAUGGUUGGUUCGUGGUGUUUGGCAUUUUAGCUGCUGUUUUUAUUUGGAGUUUAUUGGAGCCCUACUGGAGGAAAUGGAGAGAUGAAUGGAAUAAGAAAAUUGAGGAAGCAAAUUUAGAUCCUGCACGAUUAGCUCGAUCUUUGGAGAAAAUGGAACAUGCAAGAAAACAAAUGCAAGAGAAAGUAGAUGCAAGCGCAGUUGAACAAGCUGAGAAAAUGAAAAAGGUUGAGGCCCAAAAACGGAAAGAAAAAAUUGAAAAUUAUGAAAAUGAGAAAAAAGGUCGAAGUCGAACAAGGCGUAAUGCAGACUAUAAUCCCCUCACUGGCAGCAGUUCUGGACCAUCAUAUAGACCAUCAGGCCGUGGAAAUACUGGUGGUGGAUGAGGUUAAAUUCUCUUCGUGACGCAUGCGGAUCAAUGACAUAGUUCGUUGCGCGUGCAUGCUGUUAAUUAUGUGAUUUUUUACGCAGUGUAGUGUGGGCAAAAUGUUUUGUUGUUAUGACUUUAAUUCUUGAAACACGGCUGUGAAAGAAUUAAUUGAAGAAUUACACUGUAAUAAUUAAUAGUAACCUGUAUUAUAUAAUGUAUUAUAUCAGUAAUAUACCUGGUGUAUGCUUCAGAUAAUGUAAAUUAGACCUUUAGCGUUGCUGACAGCUCUAUAAACGUUAUUCAAAAAGUUGCUAAUAUGUUCUGGCGCCCUCUUAUGUAAGACAGCGAGGGUGGUGGAGUCUUUGUAAGAAAAAUUUAAAAAAUUGCGGUAAAAUAGAUUGUUGAAAAUAACCC